ACAGGUCGGGAUGCGCCGCCGCCUCUGGCUGGGCCUGGCCUGGCUGCUGCUGGCGCGGGCACCGGGAGCCCCGGGCGGGUACCCACAUCUGGAGGGCGACGUGCGCUGGCGCCGCCUCUUCUCCUCCACCCACUUUUUCCUGCGUGUGGAUCCUGGUGGUCGGGUGCAGGGGACGCGUUGGCGACACGGCCAGGACAGUAUUGUUGAGAUCCGUUCUGUCCGUGUGGGCACUGUGGUGAUCAAAGCUGUGUACUCAGGCUUCUAUGUGGCCAUGAAUCGCAGGGGCCGCCUCUAUGGGUCGCGGGUCUACUCUGUGGACUGUAGGUUCCGGGAGCGCAUCGAGGAGAACGGCUACAACACAUACGCCUCACGACGUUGGAGGCACCACGGCCGACCCAUGUUCUUGGCACUGGACAGCCAGGGCAUUCCCAGGCAAGGCAGACGGACGCGUCGGCACCAACUGUCCACACACUUCCUACCAGUACUGGUCUCAUCUUGAAGGGCCUGGCGACAGUUCAGGAGGCGUGGGUGACACACAGGGCCGGGAAGAUCUGGAGUUGAGUAGCAAAGGGCCAGGCUAGAGACCCUGGGCCCACACACGUCUUUGUCACAGGUUGGGUACCUGUUGGCUGUCAGGCAUGGAGACCUGGCAGGGUCCCUGCAGGUGAGGCCAACAUUUGGGGAUACACAGAACUGGCAGUUUCCAUCCAUCUAGUUUGGAGGUGAGAGGCUUGGAAAGUAAAAACAAGGAGAACCAGGGAGGGUGGACACGUGCGGAGGGCAGGGCCCAGGUCAGUGGGAACACAGACAUAUUAGCCCAUGUGGCCAGAGUAGGGUACUGGAGUCAAGAGCACUUCUUGCUCUUCCAAGGGGCCUGGGUUUAGGUCCCCCACGUCAGACUACUCAUAACCACCAGUAUCUCCCACCCCAGAGGAUCUGACUCCCUUUUCUGUUCUCUGCAGGCACCUGCACUCAUGUGCACGUACCCUGCACCCAUACACAUAAAAAAACGGUUUGGGUUUUUUUUUUGAGACAAGGUCUCUACAUCACCCUGCUGUCCUGAAAUUCACUAUGCAGGCUAGGCUGUCCUGGAAAGAGAUGCCCAUCUCUGCCUCCUGAGUACUGGAAUUAAAGACAUGCACCACCAUGCCAGGUUGACAUGGGGCCUCUGAACACUGUGUUCAAUGCCCAACUUGUCUGGAGUCACUGGGAGGGACCGGCCUGAGGGUACAUAUCACAGUCCGAGGAGGCCAGUGUCAGGUGGCCAACAAUAAACGUUUGGAGCCUUGA